AUGAGGAUCCGUAAAAGACAGGCUAUUUUCUCUUCUUCCGAGUCUAUUUCGUCUUUGCAUCUCUCAGAUCUUAACCACUUUAACCGGUCACCGGUGAUGGUGCAACUCAGCGACGGUGCUCAUGCUCACACACAAUCAAAACCUUGUUCUUCUUCAACAUCGUUGCUUGCUUCAGCUGGUUCUAGCUUGGAUCUUUAUCAGCCGUCUGAUCAAACACUCCCACUGAUCGGGAAACUAAACAACGGCUACGAUUAUCCAUCCAUCAUACAACUAAGUGGGGUACACAAACACCACAACCAGCAAGACCCUUUGGAUGAGAAGGUUAGAGGGGAAGAGAAAGAGAGUGGAAACUCUGGAGAGAACAAAAGUAAUCAUAUCAGCAAAGGAGAUUUCUUGGUUGAUUCUCAACACUUGCCAUCAUCAACUACUUUGGUCCAAGAUGGGAGAUGGUGUGAGGGAGAGGAAGCUAUUCCAUUAAAGAAAAGGAAAGGAAGGUUGGAGAAUGUUGCUAUGGAGAGUGAUGACAGUAAGAAAACAAAGAGUAAGAUCGGGAAGACAAAGUUGAAUAAGAAAUGUUGUAUGAGAAAAGAUGAUGAUGGAGAAGAUGAAGAAUGCAAGAAAAAAGUGGAUACUAUUAAGAAGAGGGAGACAAAAAGGGGAAGUGCACUGAUGGAAGGUUCGCGGUGCAGUCGUGUUAAUGGAAGAGGAUGGAGGUGUUGUCAACAAACACUUGUUGGUUAUUCUCUUUGCGAGCAUCAUUUAGGGAAAGGUAGGUUGAGAAGCAUGACAAGUGUUAGAAAUAGAUCUAUUGGACUUUCUACUACUACUAUUACUGCACCAAACAAUGUUGUUGAUAGAGAUAGUGCUUCUUCAUCUUCUAAUUCCGAACUUGUAAAGAAAAUCUUUUCUGGGAAUGAUAUUGUUGAUAAGCUGGAGAAUGGCGAUGAUUCGAAAAAGCCAGUGGUGAUGAUUAAGAAGAGAAUGAAACUUGGAAUGGUUAAAGCACGAUCCAUGAGCAGCUUAUUGGGACAGACAGACAACAAGGUUGUUGUAGUUGACCAGAAUAGCAAGUAA